AUGCAGGAGGUGAAGUACUUCCAGUUUCCCGGAGAGCUGCUAAUGAGGAUGUUGAAAAUGUUAAUUUUGCCCCUCGUCGUAUCCAGUUUGAUGUCAGGUCUAGCUGCCUUGGACGCCAAGUGCUCCAGUCGCCUGGGCAUCAUGACCAUCUCCUACUACCUCUGGACCACCUUUGUUGCUGUGGUAGUGGGCAUUGUCAUGGUAUACAUCAUCCACCCGGGCGGAGCUGCUCAGAAGGAGGACUCUGACGAAAGCAAGAAGCCAAUGACCAGCUCUGCUGACGCUCUGCUGGAUCUCAUUCGCAACAUGUUUCCAGCCAACCUGGUUCAAGCAACUUUUCAACAGUAUCGAACCCAAAGAGUCCCCGAGCUCAUCCCCAAACCAACCUUGGCUCAGCUCCUGGAUGAGACCACCACACGCAGGGUCUACAUCUACGGCAUCCAGGAUGACAAUGGCACAGACGUCCAGAACUUCUCCCUGGAUCUGACGCCGCCCCCUGAUGUCAUUAUGAAAACGUCACCUGGUACCAGCGAAGGCAUGAAUGUGCUGGGGAUUGUUAUUUUUUCUGCUACUAUGGGAAUAAUGUUGGGCAGAAUGGGACCCAAUGGAAGCGCUUUGGUCAACUUCUGUCAGAGUUUGAAUGAGGCAGUUUUGAAGAUUGUUGCCAUUGUUAUCUGGUAUUUCCCCUUUGGGAUUGUGUUUCUGGUUGCCGGUAAGAUCUUGGAGAUGGACGACCCUUCAGCCAUGGGGAAGAAGCUGGGUUUUUACGCCAUUACAGUGGUGAUGGGCUUAGUGCUGCACGGCCUAUUCAUCCUCCCGGCCAUGUACUUCUUCAUCACUAAGAAGAGCCCCAUUGUUUACAUCAGAGGCAUUUUGCAGGCCCUUCUCAUCUCCUUGGCCACCUCCUAACAACUCUUUGGACAGAUUCUUACUCUCAGCAUCACUGCCACUGCAGCCAGUAUCGGUGCAGCAGGAAUCCCACAGGCCGGACUCGUAACCAUGGUGAUCGUGCUGACCUCUGUGGGUCUACCCACUGAUGACAUCACUCUCAUCAUUGCUGUUGAUUGGGCUUUGGAUCGAUUCAGGACCAUGGUCAAUGUGAUGGGUGACGCCCUGGCCACAGGCAUUAUGGCUCAUAUCUGCAGAAAAGAUUUUGUCAAAGAAGGGGAGCAGGUGCCUCUCAUCUGUGAAACUAAGCCGAUGAUAAGCAUCCAGCAGAUGAUGACCUACCAGAACCAGAAGAACGGCUGCUACCAGCCGCCUCCACCAGGCAGCAGGCAGGACCACCGCUCCCCAGACGUGGCUCGACUGAUCCAGCUGGAGGAGGGGAUCCGGCCGAUAGAGAAGAAGAAACACGCUCACUCUUCUCAUCACAAGAGAGAGCACAGAGACAAGGAUCACUGUUCCGUUGAUAUGAACGGCCUGGAGACUAAUGUAUAA